AUGAACUCAUCGAUGGAUUCCGUCGAUUACAUGAAGUACACGGAUCCGUACACAAAAUGGCAUACGUCACAGUCUGCAGAAGAAAUCGACCUCGGACCCCAGCCGCCGGGCGUGAUUGACGGCGCCGAGGAACACUUCCGCUUCCCCGGGAAACCCAAGAAACAUGCGCAUCUGAUGCUCAUUUGGUUAAUCACUUCUGGGCUCUGUGUCGGGCUCCUUGUUGGAUUCUCAGCUCGCCACCUGCUCCAGCUCCACAUAAACUUCGUCUCGACAAGGGGAACAUCGAGAGCUCAUUGCGAGCCCUUCCAUGGAACGGAUAAGUUUGUCCAAACUUUCGCAACCCUUAUCUCAUCGGUCAGACGGGAAAACCUGAACCGCUGGUUAUGGUCACUUACGCGAGAUUCUCAUGUUGGAGGUUCCCACAAAGGACGGGAAUUGGCCUUGAAGAUCCGCGACAGAUGGGCAAGCUUACCUCAUGCGAGAGUCGAGAAGUACCGACCGCUCCUCUCCUACCCGGACACCGAACGCGCCAACGAAGUUCGUCUUCUACAGGGAUCUAAAAUCCUUUACCAGAUGAACAUGAGUCCCAACGAAACAGCGUUCGAAACUCAUCCGUAUUUGGCUUAUUCCUCACCCGGAAAAGUUCGAGGUAAACCCGUGUACGUCAAUUUCGGCCGAGAAGAAGAUUUUGACACGCUCAGAACUCGCGGUGUCACUCUGAACGGGACCAUAGCCAUAACGCGCUUGGGGAAAGCUCAAAUUCUGAGGAAAAUCCAACAAGCGAAGAAGAACGGAAUUAAAGGAGUGGUUUUGUACCGGGAUCCCCUGGACGCAGAGUCGUUUGAAAGCGAUUUCGCCGGUCCAUCUAUGCCUCUCGAUGCCAUACCGCGGGCCACAUUGAAAUCCUAUCCCGGGGAUCCGGCCACUCCAUAUUUGCCGGCGGUGGAGGAUGUGAAUCGGCAGAGUCGAAGUGACAUCCGCUUGCCGGGAAUCCCCGUCCAGCUUAUCAGUGCUAUUGACGCGCAGCAUCUCCUGAAGGACUUGGGUGGUUCUAAUGCCCCGAUGGAAUGGGUUGGCAAGCUCAACGUCUCCUACUCGACUGGACCUGGAUACAGAGACGCGGCGGAAGUUGAAGUUCAGCUUUCGUCAUUCAACCUGUUCAGAGAGAUGGAUAUCUAUAACGUGCUUGGUAGCAUACCCGGCUCGCUUGAACCAGAUCAAUAUGUCAUAAUCGGGAGCCACCACGAUUCUUGGGCUCGAGGAGCUGCUGACCCUGCAUCGGGAAUGGCUGUCCUUAUGGAGGUCGUGCGGGCGUUCUCGGACCUUUAUCACAAAACGUCUUGGCGACCGAGGAGAACGCUGCUCUUCGUUGCCUGGGACGCGAGUCACUUCGGAUCGGUUGGAAGUACCGAGUUUUUGGAACAGUACUCUGCGCAACUGAGCCACGCUAUCGCCUACCUCUCGCUUGAUAAAGCAGUCACAGGAACGCGGAGCCUGCAGGUUUCAGGAAGUCCUCUGCUGCGGCAGGCUCUGGAGAGGGCUGCGAAACAGAUCCCGGCCAUCGAGUCGCGUCCCGGAGACAGUCAACAAGUUUUCGAGAAUCUCUACGCUUCAUGGCUGAGCGCGAGGCCUGCCCUACUCUUGACUGGUCGCGGAUCCGUUCCCGAAAUGCUCCCCCCGACGGGAGAAUCGGACGCUGUGCCAUUCUUCCAAAUGCUCGGCAUUCCCGUGGCCCAGAUCCAGUUCGUGAAUCGCGGCUCUUUCUGCGAUUAUCCCGUACUCGACACCGCUUAUGACACGUACGAUUUGAUGGCGAACCACAUCGACGUCGGUCAACAUGCGAUGUACGCCCUGACCCAAUUGGUUUUGGGGACCGCUCUGGAACUUGCGGAUAGUUUCGCACUGCCAUUCAAGGUGGUUGACUAUGCGAAUCAGAUUUCCGCUGAUUUCGCCGUGUUCCAACGCGAGCACAGAGAGAUCUUCCGAGCGCACGGCGUUCAGAUGGAGCCGCUGACGAAAUCGGUGAAGGCUUUCCGAGUGGCAUCGCUAGCUUUCCAAGAGAGCUCAGCACAAAACGCACCGUCCACGGCAAACAACGCAUCGUCGAGCCUCUGUGGGAUCUUCAGAGUUCGAGACGAGAAUGAUAAUCUAUUGAGAAUUGAGAAAAGUUUCCUCCUUCCGGAAGGCUUCGCUCCGGCUCAGCCAUACUCGAGGCAUAUCCUCUACGGGAUCGACAAAGAGAACUCGGACCGAAGUCUGCUAUUUCCCCAUCUCGCGGAGGCGAUUCGAGAAUUGCGGCGGAAUCCCAGAUCAUCGGCGUUGCAUUCGGUCCGCGAGCACCUAAGUGUGGCUCUGAAUGCGCUCCGCAAAGCCACUGACCUACUCAACCGCAGUUUGCUGACUGGCAAAUCCCCUCUAUGA